UUUCACAAUACAGCCACAAGAGUGCAUUGACAAAUAAAGAAAGAUAAAUCAUAUUUCAAAUCUGCUUAUAUGUUAAAUUCUUUUUAAAUUAAAUUUAAAAAAUAAUAAAAUUUAAAUGUGAAUAAAUAAUUUGCAGAUCUUGUAUCAAAUGCAUAGAGAAAUAAAUUAUUUUCGUAGCUUAAUCAAUUUUGCAUAUUCUUUCGUCACAUAUGUAAUUCAUUGACAAUAAGUGGGAUAUAUGUGUAUAUAUAGCAAAAAUUGCAUUGUUCGUCUCACAAUUCAUAUUUUUAAAUAUAGUCAUUUCAAAAUGAGUACUGCAUUAAUAUCAGAAUAUUUAGAAACACAUCAAGGAAGAGAUAAAUUUUUGAGAACAUUGUCUUAUGCAGCUAAGUUUGCUACAUUGGGAACAUUCUCAAAUGAAACAGAAAGAAAAUUAAAAAUAUUUAGUAGCCAAAUCAGUGAAUGCAGAAUGAUUCUAAGAUUAUUAGAUGACAUACCAACGAUUCAUCAUGCAAUGCUAUAUGGGUGGGGAAAAGAGGAGUCAGAUUGGGUGAUCAGAUGUAUGGAGUUAAUGCAAAUUUUGGUGGAUAUUAUAUUUGGCCCAGUAGAACACAUUUUUUGGGCUGGCAAACAUAAUUUGAUUAAAAUCAAUAUUGAAGCAUGGGAUAAUGCUUCAACGUGGUUUUGGAUAAUUUCUCUGCAGUUGUCUUUAUUAAAGUCUUUACGGAAAUUAAAAAAAUUCAACAGUUGUAAAACAUAUCUUAAUGAAACUAAUUGCAGUAAGAGAGUUGUUUUGAAAACAAUAACCAAACAAAGGCGGAAUGAAUCAUUAACAUGCAUAAGAUUGAUAUUAGAUAUGUGUUAUGCAGUUAAUUAUUUGCCACCUGGUACAUUUUGGGGAGGUAAGUUAAAAACUUGGCAUGUUGGAGCACUUGGAACUUUGUCUUCAUUGAUUGGAUUGUAUCAAGUUUUAAGUCAACGAGCAAAGCAGAAGAGUUUAUAAUAUUAGCAGUAACAAUAAGAAAGUGGUGAAAAUUGUUACAAUUAUUAAUAUAAAUAUAUUUUUUUAUUUCUAUUAGUUAAUUUGUAUAAGAAGUAUAUGUAAUAAAUAUAAAAUAAAUUAUAAGAAUUGAAA